AAUUGAAAAAAAAACGGGAGGCGGAAAAUCACAGUGGCUUUGUCUCUCUCUCUCUCUCUCACUACCCCCGCACGAUCCCAGAUCCAAAAUCACCUAAUCAAAAACCCUAAUUAUCAUCGUCCCCCCCCAUUCCUCCCCUUUUCAAAGAAUCCAAUCCAAAACCCUAGAAGUUUGACCCAGAUCCCCUUAAUUUAUUCUCCGAUCGUCGAUCGAUAUGGUCGUCUCCGGCGCUUCCUCCUCUGCUCGCGGCCAUGGCAUCGAUCGGUUCUACAAUCCUCCUGCAGUUCGAAGACAGCUCCAGCAUGCCUUAGAAGGUGUUGCUUGUGAAUGGUCUGGUGAUCGACGUGGUGCGUGUGGAAGAGGACGAAUCGAUUCGUCCUCGAAAUUGGCGGUGACCUCGUCUUCUAACUCAAAUUCGUCGUCUCUUCCGCCGUCGACGCCGCCGACUCCCGCCGGAAACUUGGACCGGUUUAUUGAGUCCACAACGCCGGUGGUUCCGGUUCAGUACCGUCGGAAGACGAGCGUGAGGAGGUGGAGGAGCUCGGAUUAUGGGGAAUCCUGUCCGUACUUCGAUCUCAAAGAUCUUUGGGAGUCGUUUAAGGAGUGGAGUGCGUAUGGAGCUGGAGUGCCUUUGAUUUUGAAUGGCAAUGACGACGCAAUUGUGCAGUAUUAUGUGCCUUAUUUAUCUGGGAUUCAGCUAUAUGUGCAUCCUUCAAGACAUUCCUUAAGAUCGAGGAAACCUGUCGAUGAGAGUGAUGUUGAAGCUUAUCAGGACACAAGCAGUGAAGCUAGCGGCAGCAGCGACAGCUACGCCGGUCAAGAGGGUCCCUUUGGCAAUGAUAGAGAGUGUCGUGAUCAAGCAAUCAGACCUAUAUUUGAGUAUCUUGCUCGGGAUUCACCAUAUGGAAGAGAGCCUUUAGCUGAUAAGAUUUCAGCACUGGCCAGUAAAUUUCCGAGUCUAAAAAUCUACAGAAGUUGUGAUCUUCUCCCAUCAAGCUGGAUGUCUGUUGCUUGGUAUCCUAUAUAUAGAAUACCAACAGGACACACAUUGAAGGAUUUGGAUGCUUGCUUUCUGACCUUUCACUCCCUAUCUACCCCAGCCAACAACAUGAGCAAUGGCCAUUCCUUAUGUAAUGGUGGUUCCAGCAUCAUUAGGA